AAGGCUGGAGACGCGGAAGGCAGGGUACAAGACUCUUUAGCGAGGGCCGCUAUUCCUUUAGUUCUUUAAUGCAGCGAUGACUUCGGCAGGGCUGUGGUGCUGCGUCCUUGUGAUUUGCUCGGUUAUCGUCCCGGAUUACACUUCUGUCAUUCCUCGGCUCAUCGAGAAGAUUCACGAUGAAGCCCGCAGAUUCAGCUUCCCAAAAAACUCUUCUCACAUCAUUCUGCUGCAGUAUAACCAGAGCCAACUUUAUGUGGCAGGAGAACAGUUCCUUGUGUCCAUAAAUCUCCAGACAAACAAAACCAAUAAGGAAUUUGAGUUGACUGUUAAGGAGGACAACAAAGAGAAUCAACACAAGACAUGUUUAACUGCCCUAAAAAAGAAGGGAGACUCGAAGCUUCUGUGCUGGAUAGAUCAGGGAAUCCCAUACUGCAAAGAAGAGGACAGAGAAUACGUAGCCAAUGGCAUGUCUUUAAAAUGUGGGGCUCACGGUUCUGUGAUGCUUUUUGCAGAGACUGAAACUUAUGCGGCAGCGCCCCUGUAUCCAUCAGGACAAAAUCUCCAGUUUAGGAAGAUUAGAAAUAACCGUAUGGUGGUCUGGAUGUAUGAUACCUGGGUUUCAGAGCCCACUUUUAUUCAGGCCUCAUGGAUCAAGAAGAAAGGAGAUCCAGGUCAAGACAAGAUUUACACAUUCUUUCGAGAAAAGAACACUGAUAAGAGUCCUGAUGCAGACCCCUGGAUAUCGCGUGUUGCUCAAGUCUGUAAGAAUGAUGAAGGGGGGUCCGAAACUGUCUUACAGAACAUUUGGUCAUCAUUCCUGAAGGCCCGGCUUAUGUGUGGAAUUCCAUCAGACUCCAUUUACUUCAACAGACUGCAUGAUGUCUUUGUGGUUGAAGCUGAUAACUGGAUGGAAUCCAAAGUGUAUGGUCUCUUCUCCAGCAGCUGGAAUUCUACAGCUGUAUGUGUUUACUCAGUGGGUCAAAUCGAAAAAAUCUUUCAAACUUCAAAAUUUAAAGGCUAUGAUGGACCCAUUCCUUCUCAAAGACCUGGCUCUUGUGUAGAAAACAGUAAGUUGCUCUCAGAUGAUGUGCUGAACCUUCUAAAGAGCCACCCAGAAAUAGAAGACCGUGUGUUCCCCAUUAAAUCUGACAGGCCUUUGCUGAUUAGCCAGAAGAUGUACAGCAAGAUUGUGGUGGAUCGAGUGACUGGGGCACAUGAGAAGGUUUAUAACGUUCUGCUUCUAGCUACUGGUGAUGGCAAAAUCCAUAAAAUCACAGACAUUGAUGACAAGCCUUUCAUUAUAGCAGAAAUUCAUCCCAUUAAUGAAGUUGCCAGUGUUCUGUCAAUGUCCCUGGACAGCAACGCCAAAAGGCUUUUUGUGGCUUAUUCGAGUCAGGUGGUUGAAGUGAACCUAGAGACAUGCUCAAGCUAUAGUGAAAGCUGUCAGGACUGUGUGCUGGCCCGGGAUCCCUAUUGUGCUUGGGAUGGCAGGACCUCCCUCAGUGCCACCAGUGCCAUCAGUGGAAAGCAUGUCAUUCAGAGUGUAGAGAAAGGAGACAUUGGUGUGUGCUUCAAAGGCAACCGGCGUAGACGUGACACCAGCAUCUCACCAUCAACAUCCAGCAAAGUAAUCAGCAUAACUGUUCCCAAUUCCAUCCCCUACUUCUUGUCUUGUCCCUUAACAUCAUACCAUGCCAAGUACUUCUGGAAACAUGAAAAUGGAAGCAAUGUGGAAUGUAAGCGCACUGAAUCGGAGUGCCUGUACCUAAUACGGAAAAUGCAGAGCCAAGACUACGGAAAUUAUGAAUGCAUUUCUGUAGAGAAAGACUACACGAAAACUCUUGUUAGGUACAACCUGAAGGAAAGCAGUGGAAGCCCGAUGCUAUCCUGCAGUGUGCUCAUGACCAUGUGGGCUGUGGUGUUUGUGUCGCUGCCGAUCAGCUACUAGAACUUUUAAAUGCAGCUGGAUGCUUGAGAUCAGCUCCUUUCUGCUUGUUGACUGCAUAGCUUUUGAAGUAUGGACAACGUGAAGAGCCACUGUGCUUGAGAUGAGCAUCAAGUGAUAUUCCACCUCAAUGCUUUCUUACUUCUUUGCACUUUAUACCGGCACAGCUUUCUUAACAACUUCAUGACUCCGAGUGUGAGAGGAGUCUUCACUUCACAUCACACAGAGGUAAAAUGAGGCACAUGGGCACUUUUGUGUUGUUGGCAGUAGUGAAUGCUGUUUGCAGUCUAUUUGGUCAAAACACUGCAAACUAUAGAGGAGACACUUAGGGUAAUAAUGCAAUUAAUUUAGCGUUGAGUCAUGAAAUUCAGUAGACUGACUUAGCGCCAAGUUCACUGUACUGUGAAAGCAUCAGCAGCUCAGUCGAUCUAUACGAGGGUGCAUAACAUCUCUCGAACGCAGGCCAACUUCAUCAUAUAAUAAAUGCGGACAGGCUGUUAGUUGUUCUUCAAGUAUUUUCUUUGUGUUUAGGAAUGGAGGUUAGAGAAUAUGGUAGACUUUUUAACAAAGUGAGAAAUGAAGGGAGGACCAUUUUCAUGUUUGUCUUGGAAUAUACAUUAUUUUAUUUUGUUUGGUAGGGGUUUGUACGUAAACAGAAAAAACGAGGUGUUGUGUUUUUUGUUGGACUGAAGGGCUCAUAGAGUACGUUGUGGCCUCUUUCUUUGCUUUCUGUUUUUCCUUAAGGUGGCGCUGUUUCCAGAUAGCCAGUGAAUCACCUUUCAGUGGAGCUCACAGAGUGCAUCCAUUACUUAUUGGCAGAAUGGUUGAUGAGGAGCAGGAGCAAAAUAUCAUGAUAACACACGCAACUGAUGAUGACUAAAAGGAAAGGAGUCCAAAUGCAGCCCUUGGAUAGACCACCUUGAGCAAGCGACUGCUGCUGCAUGUUUUCACUUACUCAGAGAUUAAAAUAAUGUCUCUGUGGUGGCUGAACAACUGCUCCACCAAGUGUCUCUCCUGUGGAAGACUCAACUCCUUUUAGAACUGGUGGUUGAGUUAUCCACCUAAGACGGAUCACCAUUAGGGGUAUAAACACCCCAUGUUAAAAUCAGGUAUAAACAUUCAGUUAUUGCGUCAAUUUUUAAUUACAUUUGUCAAUCAGAACUCCUGUAAAGAUCACACAUCGUUUAGUUGUGAAAUUUCUUUAAUGACAAAAACUUUAAACUGAAAAGACUAUGAAAUGGAGUACUGUGAGGAGAUGGAGCUUUAUAUCAUCUGUAUGGUUUUAUUUAAGUUCACAUAAUUAUAUUUAGUGUCGAUAACUGGUCAAAAUGACCAUUUAACAUUAUAUUUUGAAAGCAGCAUACAUUUAUGACAUAAUGUGUAAAAUAAGAGUUAUAUUCCGUGUGCAUCUAACACUGUAAUCGCCUCGAGAGCUGAGGUAUUGUCGUAUGAACUCAGAAAUGAGUGCAUUGCUUGACGCCUUUAAACGCACAUGUAGUUGUUGUAGCUUAUCAUAAAAUGGCAGCUGGACAAGAAGGAAUCUGUGACCCAUUGGGUGCCUUCUAUCAGCCCACUAGCUCUUCUCAGGUACUGAAGCAUUUUCUAUUACAUACGCUUGCUAAGAGGCCAUAUAACAUAUGAGGAAGACCAAAGCUCCUAUUUACUUGGAUUUUACUUUUGUAGUUAUGUUUUUUCCUCAUACUUUAUUUAUAAGUGUGCAUUUGUGUUUGUUUCUAGUGAUGUGCAUUGACAAUAUUAUUUAUGAAAUGCCACCUUUGGUAUUGCUGCUCUUGUCUCCUGAGUGCUGUGAAGUCAGGAGGCUGCAGUAGUUUGUUGUAUGCAGUGCAGCUUGAGUAGAAGUGAAGUGUCUCCAUUAUGCAUUGUGUACGUAUUUCAGGAUAUGCCACUUCCUCCGGACCAUCAACAACUGCAGUGUUACAAAGUGUUUUAGGGGGGAUACGAGAUUACAAAAUUCCAGUAUUUAAAUGAACUAGUAGGCACGAUAAAAUUAAAUGAAGAAAUACAAUACUGGCAAGACAAUAGGAAAAAUACUUCAGGCAUAAAACACACCACAGUAUUUAACAAGAGAUAAAAACAUUUGAAUCACAACUUAAAGUGAAACAGUGAAGUCAAUGAGGCUUUGGUAGAGCAGAGUUAAAAGUCCGUCCAUCCAUCACACCAGCCAUUUUGCUUUACCAAAGCCUAACCUGGCCAGUGUCAGCCACAAGGACAUGUUCACAAUUUUGAGUCGGCUUUAGUCGGAGAAACAAUCAUACAGACACGGACAGAACAUACGGACUGUACACAGAUGGUGUUUAGACUAUAUGUCGCCUGCUAGGGGCUUCUUGGAUCCAGUUAUCCAAAGUCACAUUGUUAGAUGAAUAGGCAAUGACAACCUAAAGGACCCGUCUGUUGAGCUAACAGUCUUUAAGAAUAAUUCCUUUUUUCUGGAGAUUAUUUUUCGUGUUUAUCUCCAUCAUUCACAUGUUGGCUGCUGUUAUCUUCUGGAUUCCUCAGCGGCUCUGUGGUUGAUCUCUUUCACUUUUUGCUGCUCUAUUGCACCAUGUGCAGCACAGCAACAAGUGUCAACUCUUCUAAAUAGAGUAAACAGGCAGAGUGCUGUUCAUCCAUCAUCAGGUGUGAAGUAUGAUGCAUUUGUCCAUUGAGACAGCAUAGUCAAGUGAAGAAAGCGUGCCAUUCCGUAUCUCCAGAGUGUCCAUCUAUCAAGACCCUAAGCCCACACUGUUCUUAAUACAACGGGUUGAAGCACACUUCAACCUGCUGAAGUUCCAAAUCAUGUCCUUAAUGUCUGCAGCUCUUUGUACCCCACAUAACAAAUCCGACUGGACAAUGCGUCACGGUCGUCUCGUUUCCAAACAUGUAGUCACGUGCUUAUCCCAUAAAGUGUGAAAUAGCUGGCCCUCUGGAGCAGCCCCUCUUUUGUUUCAAGACUAGCACAUGGCCUGGCAGCUUACUGAUGAUGCACUUUUAACUUCCUUUGUAUUAUUUAUUAUAUUUUAUAUGUGUGUGUCCUAACAUCUCUAAAAUCCUGCUAACUGUUUAAGUUAUCAUUAAACUUGGCUCUUGGACCAAUGUCUUCUGAGAAUUGUCAUUUCUUUGAAUGUAAAUAUAGGAAAACACGUUACCUGCAUUUAAGAAAAUGAGAGAAGAGACGCACAAGGUGUGAAAGUCUGCAGAGAGCUCCUGGUCAUUUUAGGUGUAUGAUGGGAGCAGCAAGCUAGUGGGGUUAGGCUCCCAUUACUCCCAUCAAGUGUGCUCAUGUGAUGAAUUCUGCGUGUUCAUUUAUUCAUUUCUGUUUUAAUAUUUGCUUUUCAAUCUCAGUGUUAGAAUUUAGAUUUAUUUAUUAUUUAGAUUUCAAUUUGCUCCCAAGGGUACAUUGAAUAAUAUACAUUUCUUUAACCAGUUAAAUCCAACUUAGUGUUGCAGACAGGCCAGAGCCUAUCCCAGUGUAAUAUGUCCAUAUGUACACAAUGUGGCGCAUGUCAGAUGAAGCGACUCACUCACAGUCACGUAGAAAAUCAGCAGUGGGGAUGGAGGAAGAUACGCCUGGGAUUUUAUAAAGCGCUUUUCCAGAAUGCUUUAAACGUCCAGUAAAACAGUUGUGAGUUUAUUUCACUGUGAGGAUCACUGAGUGAAGUGACUUGCUUGCAGUUAUACAGAGUGGCAUCAGGAGGGACUUCACAGGCUUAAGCCCCCUACACAUUGUGCCAAUCUCCUGAUUAUUUUUUCUCCCUCCCAAAAGUGUAUUUCUUUAACUAAUGUUGAACCCUAAGGGGGUAGCAGUCCUACGACCUUUGCAACAUUACAGUAUAUUUAUAUCAUCUACUGUAUAUGGUCAUAGAAAUCUGCCAUAUGAAGAAUAAAUGUUCAACACUCACAGUGAAUUAAACAGUACAUAAUGGACUUCCAGCAAGUGAAAAUGUGAACCCUGUGAGCCGAUACUGAUCAACCUAAUGGCAGGUAGGACACCUGAGUAAACAGCCAGAAUUUAGAAAACCUGUACCUGUUUUCUUUAAGUCAACAGAGCGUAAAUGUUUAAACUCUGGACCAUUUCAAAUACAGUGUAAAUAAACUCUUGUGUAUCUUUUUAAAUGA